CCUAUUUCAGCAGGUUGAGUUGAAUUUUCGCUGCUACUGCCGUUAUUUGCCUUUCUGACCAUCCUCUCAAAUCUGAUCUAUUUGUGGAGCAAAUUUGGACCUCCGUAGCUUCUACAGUCGCUGUGAGGACAUAACGUCCCUUCGCUGCUGCACCCAUUCUUCAAACCCAUACUCCUUCGAUUGCCACACAAUCCCGGAUUUUCCCAAAUUUAUCAGUCCCCCCAAAUAAUAUAAACUAUGGAUAAAACGGAUCUUAUUCAGAGGGCCAAGCUGGCGGAGCAAGCCGAGCGUUACGACGACAUGGCGGAGAGCAUGAAGGAGGUCACGGAGAAGGGAGAAGAGCUGUCAAACGAGGAGAGGAACCUGCUGUCCGUCGCCUACAAGAACGUGGUUGGGGCGAGGCGCUCCGCGUGGAGGGUGUUGUCCAGCAUCGGAGUGAAGGCCGAGGGGUGCGAGAAGAAGCAGCAGAUGGUCAAAGAGUAUCGGGAGAAGGUGGAGAAGGAGCUCCAAGAGAUCUGCGAUAACGUCCUGAAACUGCUAGAUGAGCAUUUGAUUGCAAACUCCAAAAAUCCUGAGAGCAAAGUCUUCUACCUAAAGAUGAAGGGGGACUACUUUAGAUACCUUGCUGAAGUUGCUGCUGGUGAGAAGAAAGAUGACACCAUUAAGAGCUCACAGCAGUCAUACCAGGAAGCGUUUGACAUCAGCAAGACUGAGAUGGACUCCACACAUCCCAUCCGCUUGGGCUUGGCGCUCAACUUCUCUGUCUUCUACUACGAGAUCCUUAACUCUCCACAAAAAGCCUGUGAAUUGGCUAAAGAGGCAUUCGACGAUGCCAUUGCAGAGCUUGACCAGCUCAAUGAGGAGUCCUACAAAGACAGCACUCUCAUCAUGCAACUCCUCAGAGACAACCUGACAUUAUGGACAUCAGACAACACUGCUGAGGAGUGCGAGGGUGGAGAAGGAGGAGAGCAAGGCGAGAAUGAGAAGUAAAAAAAAAAAAGUCCUCGAUGUUGGGGUCCUCUCUAAAAACAACAAAAGGAAGAAAAAAAAAAAAAAAAAAACCUUUUUACACAUCCUUCAUUCCUUUAUUGCUCCACUCAAACAUUCUACCAAUGAAACCCAUUGCUGAAAAGAGUCAUGUAAGAAAAUAAUGAUUUAAAAAUAAAUGAGUACAAUAAAUUCUUUUCACAAUGUUGAUUUGGACAACUGUAGAAAAGAGAAACCCUCUCUUCGUCUGGUUUAGGUUUGUCCUGGCCUUCCCAUUUGUGCAGUUUCAGCUGUAGAGCAGUGAUUGAUAGCUUGACAUGGUAUCGGACCCCCAGCUCAAUUUAGAGGCAAGAAAACUUAAGUCCCACUGUUGGACAACUGGAAGCUCAAAUCCCACCUCUUGAGACAGUUUAAAUAUUUUUCCAAUAAGAAAUAUUAAAAGUAGUUCUCCCCCCCCCCCCAUAUCUUUUUUUGAGUGCGUCUGUCUCUACACAGUUACGUGGUACGGUUACAGCAGCUGAAGUCCAACUUCAAACGGAUGAAAUUUUCACACUGCAGGGAAAGCUUGUGCACUUUACAUGCUGGCAACAAAUACUAUAAUACAGCCAAGUAGUGCCAAUUGGUUAAACCCUCACUUUCUGCCCUGGUUCUGAUGCCACUCUUUCACUGAAGCAUGCCUGUUGUUUGGGGGGGGGGUGAUGGGGCUUGUCUGAUCAAAUGCAGGGACCUUUUCAAUGGGAGGAAGACAAUUCUGUCAUGCAUGUCUCUUGAGAUAUUACACUGGAAUGGGGAACAAAUGCUGUAACACACACAAGUCCAAGUGUCAAGUUUAGUGAUUUUAAAUGCAGGUUUGUACACAUCCUUCAAGUGGGUGGUUUGUUAGUCUGUCCAGUGAUUGUCAUUAGAGAUUUGGACCACUAUUGUUUUGCUAUUCAUUCAAUUGUUGUCCCCAAAAGCCUUGUGGAACUGUUUGAAUCCCUAUGUAUCAGCUAUGUUAACAUGAAUAAAACAUUUUAUAAACCAAG